AGCUCUCUGUGUCUCGCUGCAAUGUGGUUUUCCUCUCAGGGAAGAACUCAAGCCCUGAAUUUUCAGUCUGGCUUGCACAUGCUGUCAGAAGCUAGUGGGAGACAGUUUUCUUCUUAAUGCAGAAAAGAGGACGAGCUUUUACUGGGCUGUAAGGUGAGUUACUUGGGGGAAAAAAAAAUGAAGAGUACUGCCAGGCCUUGGAAUGCAGUGGCAAAGCAAGCGAGUCAUGGGGUUGACAGAGGAAAGUCGCUUUCCACCACCACCUCAACAGGAAUGAAGACAUCCAAGUCCUCAACUUCACUGGCCUUUGAAUCUCGGCUCAGCAAGCUGAAGAGGGCGAGCAGCGAUGAUAUGCUUACAAAACCAGGGGUGACAGCAACUUCUGGAGUCUCUAGGCUGAAGAAGACCAUUACAACAGGAGCCAUUUCUGAGCUUGCUGAGAGCCGGCUGAAGCCCAGCACAGGAGCGGUCUCAGCUGCAAAGCGCACAGGGAUUCCAGCACCCCGGGAAAUAUCAUCAUCUGUAUCGCGAGAGAGAGCUGUACUGCGUGGUCAGGCCAACACUAGGAAAACUCAGCCCAGCCCCACUUCUUCUGGUACGCCGACUCCUACCAAACAUGUGCGUCCCACUAGCAAGUCCAAGCAGGAGAGUGAAACUGGUGACAAGGCUGUUUUGGAAUCUCAGGUUAAAGAACUCCUGGCAGAAGCAAAGACAAAAGAUUCUGAAAUUACCAGGCUCCGUUGCGAACUGAAGAAAUGCAAAGAGAAAGGGUCACUUAACCCUGAACCUUCAGACCAAAAUUUAGAACCAUCGUCGCCUGUUGACAUAGACCCACUAAUAAGGACCCUUCAGGAAAAAAACAGGACUUUUCAAAAAGAGCUUGCCAGCCUGGGAGAAGAAAAUCGUGUUUUGAAAGAGAAAUUGCUUUAUCUAGAGAACUCUCCUCUCUCAGACACAACAACAAGCAGUGGAGGUGACAGCAGCCUCCCAACCCCAACUACUCAAGAAUCCAGUUUUGGAAGCCCAUCAAAAAAUGUAUCGAGAAAUGGAACGGAUGAGCACAGGCAGCGCGUGAAUGGGGGCGCACUGCGCAAUUCAGGCUCUUCCAGCAGCGAUGUCACUAAAGCUUCCUUGUCACCUGACGCGUCAGAUUUUGAACAUAUAGCAGAUAUACCUUCCAGGCCAACAUCCUCCAACAGCAACCAUGUCAAAGGUUCCAAAUGCUCCACUACAGGAAGUUCUCCAAACAAUAUUAGCGACCUUUCUGUUGCAUCUCUUACAGAGAGAAUACAGAAAAUGGAGGAGAAUCACCAUAGCACAGCAGAAGAACUACAAGCCACUCUGCAGGAGCUGUCAGAUCAACAACAAAUGGUGCAGGAGCUGACAGCAGAAAAUGAGAAGCUAGUGGAAGAGAAAGCUCUCUUGGAGACUUCCUUUCAUCAACAUAGAGACAGAGCAGAACAGCUGAGUCAAGAAAACGAAAAGCUAGUGACUCUCCUCCAAGAGCGCUCCAAGAAUGAAGAAAGCAGAGCUCAGGAGGGGAAAGUCCUUGAACUGGAACAGAAGUGUGCAGAAGUUCUGGAAAAAGCACAAUUUGAAAGAGAGAAAUUGCUUAACAUUCAGCAACAGUUAACCAGCAGCCUAAGAAGCUUAGAAAGGGAGCAUCAAGAUGCCCAGCAGGUGAUUAAAGGCCUGAGAGGUGAAAAUGAGAAGCUGCUUAAACUACUAGAAGUGGAGCAGCAGAGCAACAGCGCAGUGACAAAAACUCUGGAGGACUGUAAAAUUGCAUUGGAAGGUCUAAAAAUUGAGAAUGGGUCUCUAAAAACCCAGUUAGAGAGCGAGAAACAAAAGGCUGCCGAAAUCAAUGCAAUGGGAUGCACCACUGACACCUCGGAGGUGCAAGAGAUGCUGAAGGUAGCCCAUGCAGAAAAGGAUCAGUUGGAAGCAUCUUGUACCGAGCUUAAGCAAGAGCUGCUGAAGGCUAACAGUGAACUGAAGCAUGUUCAGGGGCUGCUAUCUAAGGCUGAGAAUGAGUGUGGUCAGCUGAAGGAGGUGUGUGACCGGCAGGCUGAGCAACUGAGCAGAACCAGCCAGAAGUUGCAGGAAAAAACAUCAGAGAACGAAGCAGAUAUCAAAAACCUGAAGGAGACCAUUUUCGAGUUGGAGGACCAGGUGGAACAACAUCGUGCUAUCAAACUUCACAACAACCAGCUCAUCAGUGACCUAGAAAGUAAAACAAUGAAGCUGGAGGAACAAAAACAAGAUAUAGAGAGGCAGCUGAAGGCUCUGACUAAGCAAAUGAAGGAAGAUACAGAAGAGUGGAGGCGUUUUCAAGCUGAUCUGCAAACUGCAGUGGUCGUAGCCAAUGAUAUUAAGUGUGAAGCCCAGCAGGAGCUCCGUGUGGUGAAGAGGAAGCUUCAGGAGGAAGAGGAGAAGAGUGCUAGACUGCAAAAGGAGCUGGAUGAAGUGAAGGGCAACAACAGGCUGACAGCCGAAGAGGUGGAAUCUAUAGAGGCAGAUACAAGCAACCGCUGGCAAGGAGUCUGCAUUAGCAGAGCAUCUCCCACGCCGCCAGAAUCUGCAGCCACUGUGAAGUCGCUGAUAAAAUCAUUUGACUUAGGAUGUUCAGGUAGCACUGGACAAAACAUCUCAGUUCACAAGGUCCCCAGGAGCCCUCUCAGUGGAAUUCCAGUGAGGACAGCCCCCGCAGCUGCUGUUUCCCCCAUGCAGAGACAUUCUGUUUAUAACAACACAAAGCCAGCCAGCAAAGGAGUUGCCAAGCACGCAGAACUUUCAGACCUUCCUCUUGCAGACCUUCUGAAGGGGAGAAAUGAUGAGCUGAAACCAGACCAUUACCUCCGUAAAAGCCCCUCCCUGGAAUCCCUGAGCAAACCCCCUAUGGCCUUCAGCAGCAGAAUGCUUACCUCAGCCUCCAGCAGCUUGAAACCCCAAAGCAAACUCAGUGUGGAGAGAAAGGACCCGUUGGCAGCCCUUGCCCGGGAGUACGGUGGUUCGAAGAGGAACGCUCUGUUGAAAUGGUGCCAGAAGAAGACAGAGGGCUACCAGAACAUUGAUAUUACCAACUUCAGCAGCAGCUGGAGUGAUGGGCUCGCCUUCUGUGCUCUGCUGCACACGUAUUUGCCUGCACAUAUUCCUUACCAGGAGCUCAACAGCCAGGAUAAAAAGAGGAAUCUGCUGUUAGCAUUUCAAGCUGCUGAAAGUGUAGGCAUCAAACCCAGCCUGGAACUCAGUGAGAUGAUGUACACAGACCGGCCAGACUGGCAGAGCGUGAUGCAGUACGUCGCCCAGAUUUACAAGUACUUUGAGACCUGAGACGCAGCGCAAGAGGUGGACACAAGUGGGGAAGAGAACAAAGAAUGCCACAGAUGCACUCGAUCACUUUAAAAAUCCCCUUGCUCCUCUUCCACAACCAACCUAAGCUCUUAGUUUGAAAGAAAGCUUUUCCAUAGUUUUGAUUACAUCUGGGACUACAACCAAAUAAAUAACCAUUGUCCAUCUAUACAAACCAAAUUCAUCUGCGAUUUUAUUCCCACAUGAAAAUUGCAAGAUGUUUUCAAAGAGGCCUGGGUUAUUUCUGAAGAAGAUUCCUUGUGCUAAUGUUUGCAGGCAAUGUUUGCCUCAAGCCAGGCUCUACCAACAGGAGACCUGCCACGAAAUGAAGUUUUAAGUCAAUGUGGACUAUGCUGGCACUCAAGGAAAGCUGGGAAGUUAACACAAAAGCUCACAAAACUGCUCUUCUUGCCAAAAUAUGUUUAACUCAUCCCAAAUAUGUUUUUUUUUUCCUCCAUAUAUUUUAUACGACAUCAUGACAAACCUGUGUGUGUAAAACCUUAACCUGAGUUAUUCUCACGCAUCUGACCAAGUCUGCUAGGUUGCUUGCCGUAGCUUAUCCAGCAGGAUAAUACCACAGCCAUUUGUAACUUGGAAGCCAUGCUGUGUUCAACCACCAGUUAGCGAGAGAACUCUAGAAGAACAAGUUAGGCGCUGGGACUCCAUUUCAGAUCAAACCGAAGUAAUCUGAGAGAAAAAUAGCCUUAGUUCUGCAGUUUCAUUACUAUAGCUUGACUGUUAAAGGAAGCAAGAGCCCUAUUACCCAGCUGGCCGUACAGACAUUUACCCUAGGAAUAUUGCAAACGUAAGUUACGAGCUUUAGUUCUACAAGGUGCCAGUAAUCAGGCGGUGCCUCUCUGAGCAAUGCAGUGACAUCUCAGUAGUUCAUAUUUUGUGGAGUAACUUCUCUUCUGUGUUAAACUCUUAAAUGCUUAGAAGUGAUGUUACCUGUAAAGGAACACAGAAUAUUGGUAACAAUGGCAGCUGAAACUUCACUCUGCAGGCUGCCAUGUAGUACUGUGUCUUCCUCUCUGCAUCACGGAAGUCUCCAAGGCGCCAGAGAAUAGCUUUUCAGCUCAGUAAUACUGCUAGCAAAAUGUCUGAAAGAUACUGCUUAAUUUACAUUAGACCAUUUCUCUUAUUUCACCCCGUGAAGUUAAAUGUUCUGUUUGUCUCCAGCAGGAGCAGGAUCAAGCAGGCUGCUUAAUUUGUUCUAGGAGCAGGUCUUAGAGAGGAUGCAGUACAGGUUCUCAUAGAAGGCUGCCUAGCUGCUUUAGGUUAUGCUGGUAGAAGAAAUGAGUUGUUUAGUUAGGUUGUUUAAUCCUGGGACCCUGACCGAAUGCAUCGUGGAAGUUAAUUGUAGGCAGCUAGGGAUCUUGAAGAAGAAAAUCAUAGUGUGUGCUUACUGCUCUCAGCACCUGGACAGAAAGCUCAUGGAACAGGUGAUUUUGCAGAGGAAACUUGUUUCAGGUUUUCUGGGGCUUUGCAGGUGGCUGAUCUCAGCCUCUGGCUUCCCCAUAGUACUUUUUUUCUUUGGGGGGGGGGGGGUAUUGUUUGUUUUUUUAUUUUUUCUUCUAUACCAUUUAUUUAGUAAACAACCUAUUUCAAACUUUGGUUUUCUCACAGCAAAACAGAGAAUUAGGGGAUAGAUAACAGCAGCCAAGGUCAGUGAGUGCCCUGAACAGGAAGGAAGCUGGAGGAAUACAACGUAUGCCUGAUUCACAGAAGGAGAAAAGCAUCCCUUACUCCUGGGUCUGACAUUUAUUCUAAUCCUCCAUGCCAGGAAGGUCUGAUUCCAAUCCUUUGAGAGUCCACGUGAUAAAAAGUGGCACGCACUUACAGUGCUCUUGCACUCUUUGGUGUCAUCCUAUACUUUGAGCAAGCAGUUGUAAAUGCUGGCUAGAGUUAUUUCCUUGCAAGAGAGUGCUUUCUAGAUUAAAUUAAGUCCCCAGUAAUUUUUGGUGUACACUCUGGCAUCCCUAGAGAACAUAGGAUGUGUUGCUCUAAGUGUUCUCAAAUAUAACUUUCCCAUUAUGUGAUAAGAGGGAAGAGAAAAAUAGUUGCUAAGCAGAAUUUGUUUAGGAAGGGAGCCACACUGCACAGCUCCUUUGCCUGGUGGAUGCAGCAGGCUCUUUUCCCUUGAGGUAUCCGCUGGCAGAGAUCCUAACUCUCCAACGGGCUCUAGUUCAAAGCGUGGUGAAGUCAGCACAGAAAAUUCCAUAUUCCUCAGUGGGCUUUGGAUUGGACACUUGGAGAGAUGAGAAAAACUGUUUUCAUUCCCAGAGCCUGGAAAACAUUUCAAAGUCAGAGGGCUCCACAUGAUCUAAAAAAUAAAUAUAACCUUAACCCUUUGUUGCUGGAAAUGCCCGUGUUCCCGAUGCCUGUCCAGAUGUAUGCUGUGUACACACCUUAUCUAAUCUGUCAGUUGCGUUUGCUUCGAGCACUGCUCUGACAUCUGUUUCUCCAAGACUGAUUUUAGCUUUACAAACCAUUCCACCACUCGAUCUAGCAGCUUUUGAUUUUUUAAAUCAAUUUUGCAAAGCACUGUUCCUGUCGUCUCUUUGCAGCUUUUCUCAUACCCCCAAAUAGCCCAAACACUAAUUCCACCCCAUUCUAAUGGUAUAUUAUUAAAAAUAACCUUACUUACCUGGGAGUUCGAACAAGUUGUCCUCUGUCAGCAGGAACAAAGCUACUCUGUUUCACCGGUUGCUCAGUGUUACUUUCCAGUGUUCAAAGUUGCAAAGCAUCUCACUUUGAAAUGCUGCUGAUUUGAGACUGAGAUGCGCUUCCAGGUUAUUUUUUGAGAUGAAGGACUGUAUUUGUUCAUUUAGCUGUUACUAUAUUGCAUAUUUCCUCUUCCUUUUGAAUCUUGCACAGUUAUGUUUCUAGACCCAGAUUUUCAGAAAUAAGGAUUGGUUUUUGAUGCUGCCUAAAAAUCUGAAUAAGAAUUUGUCCUGUACAAGAUGCUGCAGACCAGCCUGGUUUUCAGAAAAUACCAAGCGUCUUCAGGCUCUUGUUAGACAUCUCCAAUUGGAACUGCAAAAUGAAAGUUCUAGCUGACUUUGAUAUUAAAGAGCUUGUUAAUUAAGAUAAGCUCCAGUGUAUAGGAAUAAUCUUCAUAGAAGUUUUAAGAAUCCUCUGAAAAUGUGCUAGAGUGGAAUAUGUGAUGAUAGGACGUGGAUAGUACGACGUGUGGUAUUACUGUCACCUUGCCUCGUAGGAGUGAUGGAUCUUUCCCUGAUGCAGGCUGAUUAAAUCUUUUCACCACGUGCUCCCUAAAUACACCCUAACUCUAAAACGUACCUGCACACCUGUGUGUGUGCUUGGGUGGUCCAUCAGGCUGCAAGAAACCAUGAAGCUGGUUGGGGUUGAGCACGUGAGAAGAAUGUUUAAGAUGAGGAUUUCAGUGAAGUUCCGAGGAGGGGUAUUGCAUCGUGUAGCUGUUGUACUAGAGCUGCUAGAGAGGGAAGGAAAUUAGAAGUAUGAAAAGUGUAUGAUCUGACUCCCAGAAUUUCUGGUGGUUUGUAGAAGGUGUGAAGUAUUUCAUGGCUUGGGAAGAAGGUACAGGGGAGCUGAGAAGCGAGCCCAGAGUCAGCUCUCUAAGAAGGUUUUCUAGAAAGGCUGAUGUGCUGUUCCCGAAAGUACGCAGUGAAACUGAAUGGAGUGAAAGUCCAGUAUGUGAGGAGAGGGGGCACAUAUGGGAAAUAUAUGCCUGCGCCUUUGUGGGCAGCUAAGGAUGCGGAUGUCUGUAGGUUUGCAGCUUGAGAGACCUUGCUGAUUGUCAUCUUGAGUAGCGUUUCUCCUAAGAGCGCAGCCUGGGAUGGAGCUUGGAAGAUGAGGAGGGAAGAGAGCACACAGCUUGCUGCCUUUACCAGGUUUGCCCUUCUGUGACUGUACUAUUCAAGGAAAUGCACAGGAGCCAAAGACUUCCCUGUUUUUCCUGUGCUGCAGCAAGGCAGCCGUACGAAGCAGACUGAUUUCUGACUUAUGCAGAUUCUCCAGUUUCUUCUCCGUGAAGCACGUUCUCUUCCUUGAGUUUUGGCAGGUUUUCAUAAUUAUUUUUUUUCAGGUUUUCAGUGUGAUUGUUCUUGUUUUAUAUGUGCAAACAGUACGUGCAAGUUUUCUGUCCAAACCAAAUAGGUGCACGCUGGCAGAAUGAUUGCAUCUGCCCCGUGUGAUUACCUGACCUGGAGCUCUUCAAAAUCUUGCUUUUGGCUUCGCUGACUUUUCUGUCUCACUUCCUUGGCAAUGAAAAUGAGAGCGUUGGCUCAUCAGGUUGUAGGUUGUUUGUACCUCCCUCAUCUUUCUCUGCUUAGGGCACCAGGUCUUCCAGCAGGAAGUAUCUGACGGGGCCAGCCGUUUGCAAAGCUGUGCCUCGUGUAUCUGAUCAGAUGCAGAGUCUGUAUGGGAUGAGAUUAUGCAUUUUCCUGUCAGAGGAGGGCUUUUGCCUAAAAAGACUCAGGGCACUGAGCAUUAAGACAUAUUUUUAAACCCAGCAAUAACUUCUACUAUGCUAGACUAGAUGUUUUUUUAUCAACUCCAGUGCCAUUUAGACUCACCCACCAACGUGGUGUAGAAUCAAGCUUGUAACUUAACCACGGUUAACAUUUUUCACAACUGACGGUCUCUACGUUUUUAACUUGCACGUGUGCCAAGUUCCAUUGGGCAGGGCUGGACACAAUGUUUUUAUUGAUUAUUGGUCCAGGCUCGAGUUUGUCGUAUAGGAUAACCAUCUCUAAACUGUCGAGUUCUUUUAGCUUUCUCUAUUGGAUACAGAUGUUACAUCGUAAUCUAAUUUAUACGAAGAGCACAUUAGAAUGUAUAUACUAGGCAUUGCCAAAUUUGGACAUGCUAAUAUUUAAAGAUUAACAUUAUUAAAAUGUAUGAUGCAAAAAUCUGUGUAAUAUUUCUAAUAAAUCUUUUUCUGUUUCUGA